CGAGUCCCACGGAUCGCCGCGAAGGUCACACAGUCAGGCAGUCGUCGCGCAGCCAUGCUCGGGAACACCCUCGUCCUAGGUCUCCUCCUCUGUCCAGCAUCCAUAUUCGCUAUCGGAGAAAAUGCGAUGGACAUCAAUACGAUCACUGGUAUUAUUGGCGGUAUUGGACGAAUGCUGGAAACGACUGUUGACACUAUUAAUGUACCGUCCGAGUUGAUAAUGGGACGCUGGUUCCAGAUGUACAAAGCAGCCAUCAACUUUGACGUGUUUCGUACUCAAAUGUUCUGCCCGGUCGCUUACUUUUCGCCAAACCCUAUUAUGGGAGAGGACGGAUUCUCAAUGGAAGAGGCUUACAGAACAGUGUCAAAGACGGGACCCAUAGAAACGUAUAAGAGAGACAUGAACAAAGUCGGACCUGGCCAGUAUUGGAUGUAUACUGAGGAGUAUUUCUACCCCAGACAAUUUUACAUCAUCGCCGCUGGCCCAGCUUUCGACAAUGAGACGAGAAAAGCUGACGAACCUCUACAGUACAUGGUUGUAACGGAUGCUAACCGCUUGUCACUUAUGGUUUACUCCCGAGACCCACACAUCUUCUUCCAGAAGUACAACAAGGAUGUCCUCGAAUUUAUGGAGAAGAAAGGUUUCGGAGGUCGAGUGUUUUGGAAUAGUCCACGUCCAAUUUAUCAGGGACCAGACUGUGAAUGGCCAUCGGAGAAGGAAGUGUUUGCUCGAAGAGUCUUGAAGAACCAAGAACUAGCCGAGCGAAGCAAAAACGGUACAGCCGAGCCAACAAUGUCCGGCAUGCCUUUGGCGGACAUGUUGCGUGAUCCAAAGAAGACUCUCGAGCGGCUGGUCGGCACUCAAGGUCACUGAAUCUCACCCCCGUCUCUACUCGCCACGACUCACUGACCUCGUUUCGCCGGGUUGAUCGCCGGGGUCCACCCGCCCCCCGACAUCUCGUCGCCGUUACCGUCACCGUGCCGCUGCUGCAGCCGUCGCCGCUACCGCCUCCCGCACUAACCGCAUAAUAUCUCUGUUUGUGUGUCUCUGUAUCUCGCAAUAAAUCGUGUCAUAAAGGGC